AUGAAUUUGUUUUACAAUUAAAUAAAUCUAGUUGCUCAAAAUGAGUUUAAGGCUUAAAAGUUAAGGAAAAGAACAUCAAUUCAUUUUUAGAAAAAUAAGAAUAUUGAUUAUAGAAAAUUAAAAGGGAAAUUUGUAUUUGAACCUUCAAAAACAAUAACAGCGUAAUUGGAUGAAUUUUUUGUAUCUAUUAUAACUAACUUUAUCUUAGUUGAUGGCAAAAAAAAAUGCAUGGGAUAGAAAAUUAGGAUUCAAAGGAUAUAAAGGUACUUUUAAAGUUGAGCAUUUGAUUAUGAUUGAAACAUAACUAAGAAAUUUGUAUCGUUUAAGAGAGUUAACAAUAGUGGACACUUAGAUUGAUAGAGAACAUUUGAUAAUUUUGAGAUAAUGGAUUUCAUGGCUUCAACCAAGCAAAUUGACUCUCGAAUUUUAAUAAAAUGAAAUAGAUAAUGAAGAUUUAGAAGAUUUUAUCUAUCUUCUCUUUGAAAGAGAAAUUGAUGUUAAGAGAGUAAUUUAAUAAUACUAUAUAGCUCUAUAUAAUAAGCAAUCCAGGUAUUUAUAAAGGAUAGCUAUUAAAAUAACUUAAGACUUAUUUAAAAGAAAGGUAUGAUAACCAUAAAUUCUAUGAAUAUGAGUUAUUAUUAAAUAAAGAUUCCAAAUCUAUUGCUAUUGUAAAAUUAGAAAAACUAUGGACAAAUAAGGAAAAAAAUGAUAUAAUUUAAUAAGCUAGAGUAAAGAUUGAUUAAACUUGUUUCUACUAUUUUGAUUUAUAAAAAUGCUUUACGGAAAAGAAUUAUUAAGGUUUUGAACAUUUAAUUUAAUUGACAUAUGAUUUAGACAAUUUAGAAUAAAUAUGUGGAUUGAAUGUUUCAGAUAAUUAUCUUGGAACUCCUAAUAGUUUUUAAUAGACUUGUUAACAUUUGUCAACUGCAAAAGGACUGCUUGAUUUAAGAAUUUAAUCUUAAAAAUUAUUAGAUUAUUCAACUAUAGUAAAAUCUUUAGUUGGAGAUAGAUAUGAUAAAUUAAGAGUCAAUAUAUUUGAUAUAUCAAAAAAUAGUUCAAUUUUAGAAAAAACAUUUGAAAUUUUGGCAAAUGAAAUAUUUUUAUAUUGUAAAGAAAUUAUUUUUGAAGCGGUUUUCAUAUAAUAAUUAAGUACUUUAUAUAAAUUGAGUGUUUUGGCUGAAGCAGUUAAAAAUAGAACAGAUCAAUUGAGAGAACUUAGUAAAAAAAGUAAGAUUUUUUUUUAUUUUUAGGUGGUAAAUUAAUAAAACACAAUUUUAACAAAAUUAAUUUAUAAUCAGUAGAAAAUUAUAAUAGACAUGAUUUAGUCUAAAAAUUUCUAGAAAGUGUUAUAUUAACUGAACAUACAAAUAUUAAAACAUUAAGUAUUACAUAUCUUAUUUAUUUUUAAAGCUAUUUAAAAUUGUGAUAUCGGUAGAGUUGAAGCUUGGACAAACACCUUUAUUUCAUUUAAAUAACGUGUCUUAAAUGAAUAAUCAUAAAAUCCACUACUAAAAAAUUACAAAUUACCAAUAAAAAAUAUUAUUAUGCCAAAAUAAACUUACAGGAUGGAAUCAUAAUAUCUCAAAAAAUUUUUUUAUGAAUUUUUUUUUACUAAAAAAGGUAAUAUUUUGGAAACCGAAAGUUUCGUACUGGAUAAUUGCUUUAGAUAAAAUGGAAGAGAAGAAGCAAUUUUAGAAUCUUGUGAUGAAAUAUAUAAAGCAAUAUAAAAUGGUGAAGAAUCAGCUAAAAAUGCUCAAUAUUCAUUAAAAAAAGUUAGAUUUUAUUAAACCACUUGUGACUUUCGUUUAUCAAUUUAUUAAUGCUUAAUAUUAACUGACAACUUCGAAUUGGAAGAAUUGAAUAUUGAAGAUGAAGCAAUGCAAGGAAAAUUUUCAGAUUAUAAAGAGGCUACAGUGGCUUAUUUUUUAAAAAAGCCAUCUAAUUUUAUUCAUAGUUUAAAUUCACUUUAAUUUAUUAAAAUAGAAGAUAUGGCUUUUGAAAUUUAUCAAUUCUUAGAAUUAUUUCUAUAUCAUGAUCAACUUAGAUUGAAAAAGUUAUGUUUAAAAAAUCUUACAUUUGAAGAAAAUGCUGAGUAUAAAUAAACUAUUUAAAAAAUUAUCGACACCAAAGACCAAGAAAAAUUUUAACUUUCGAUAAAAGAAUUGUAUUUGGAGAAAAUAAGUGAUGAGGCUUUUUAAUUAAAUUUUAUUAAAUUUGUUAUAUUUUCGAAGUUUUAAAGAAUAGAGAAAUUAAGUUUAGGAAACAUAAAUUUUGAUAAAUUUGCUGAUGAAAUUCUAUAAAUUUUAUAAGAAUCUUAAAUUACAAUUUUAAACCAAAAAUCAAAUAAUGAAAAAUUAAUUAAUUAGAAUAAUUAAGAUUAAAAUUAAGUGAACAUUGAAAAAUAUGAUUAAAAUAGUAUUCAAGGAGAGAAAUAAUUAUAAGAAAAUAAUAAUUUAAUUAAUAGUAAUCAUUAUAUUUUCUAAAGUUUGAAGUAUUUAAAUUUAAAUGAUAUAAUAUGUACAACAUAAAAAGCAUGGAGUAUUUUAAUAAAAAAUAUAAUAUUUAAUAAUUAAGUAAAAUUGGAAGAGUUAAUUUUAUAAAAGAUCAAUCUUGAUGAUAAUAUGAUUAAAACUUUAGAUGAAGCUAGCAUAAAUUUAAUUGAUUAGUAAUUUUAAUAAGAUCCAGAAAAAUUAAAAGAAAUAUUUAAUUUAAAAAAAUUAUCAAUUAUUGAAUGUAAAACAGAAAAAGAUUUUUUAACUCCUUUCUUUAUGCUGAAUACUAUAACUGAAUUGAUAUUUAAUUAAUGUGAGGGGUUGAAUAAAAUUAUUUAGGGUAUGUAAGAAAAAUAUAUAUAGAAUCAAAAUUAUCAAAUAUUUAAUCUUGUUUCGAUAGAAAAUUUUGUAUUAGAAAAAACAAAUUUAGCCGAAAAACAAUUUGAAUGGUUUUUAGAUGAAAUCAUAUUUAAUUUGGAAAGAUAAUAAAUCAAACAUAUUUCUUUAAUUAAUUGUUAAUUAAAUGAUCAAUUAUUAACCAUUCUAUCUAAUUAGAUAAAAAAAAUUAAGAUUCAAUCAACAUCAUUUCGGAGAUAUUAUAAUUUAAGAUCUAUUAAUUUACGAGAGAAUCCUGAAAUAAGUUAAUCUGUUUGGGUUGAUUUUUUUAAUAAGUUAAUGGAGUAAAAAGCUCAAAUUUAACUUGAAUAAAAAUAAAAUGAGAUGGAGAAAAAAAAUAAAGAUCUUAUUGUAAAUAGCGACAAUGAAGAAAAUGAAGAUGAGAUAGAUUCUAAGAAUCAUCUAAAUAGCAAAAAGGAAGAUUAAAUUCAAGAAGCUGCAUUAGGGGCUUAAUAAAUAGACUAAAAGAAAGAUUCUGUAUAAUAAAAAGAAACUAGAGUUGAAUAAUUGAUUAUUUAAAAUUCUUAAUUAGUUGAAGAAAAUGAGCUUUAGGUAAAAGAAAAAAUGAUUAAUAAUUUUGAUAGUUUUAAACCAAAAUUUCCUUCAAAUUUGAAAUAUAUUUCACUAAAUCUAGAAUUUAGCACUGUAACACCAAAAUAAAAAGAUAAACUUUAUUAUAGUAUUAUUGUUGGGCUAAUAAUAAAUGCUGAAAGCUAAAUCGACAGUAUAAAAAUUACAAAUGUUGAUCUUAGUAUCUUUAUGUUAAAUGUUCAGAAAGCUUAAGAAUUAAUAAGAAUUCUCGUUAAUAAAUGUUAUAAAAAUGAAGUUAAAGAUUUUUAAAGUAAAAUUGAAAAAAUAGAUUUAAAUAUCAAAACUACAACUGAGAAUGACAUAAAAUUAUUUGUAAAAACAUUUAUUUGCUCUAAUCAUAUUCAACUAAAACAUCUAGAGUUAUCUGGAUUUUAAAAUAAUGGUAUAAUUGCUGAAAUUUUAAAAUAAUUGCCUAAUAGAGAUGAAUAUGUAUUGGAAACUUUGAAGUUGACUCUAACAGAAAAAUUAACAGAAGCAGAGACAUUUUAAUUUUUAGAAAAAGUAAUUUUGGGAAAGGUUUUACCCAUAAAGGUACUAAAAUUAAGCAAAGAGGUUCAAUUUUCAUAGACAUAAUUUUCGGAGCUUUUAUUCAAUCAAUAAUAAAUCCCUUUAUAUCAUUAUAUCAUAGUAGUUAAUGAUGAAGAAGAAUAAUUAUAGAUCCAUUCUUAAAUUUUAGAAUUAUUGUUCUAAUAAAAUUGUAAAUUAAAAAUAUUAGAUAUAAUCAAAUCUAAAGAUAUGAACAAACUUUUAGAAAAGUUGAUUGAGAGUAUUAAUUAAAAUUAAAUGAUGUAAUUUGCUUUAGAAGAACUUUAUUUCAGUGGAUAAAUAAAAGUCGAUUCUAAGUUCCUCAGUUUUUUAUUUUCAAUUCUUAAAAAUCUUAAAUAAUUAAAAUUUGAUGAUUUAGUAUUUGAAAAUAAGGAAGCUAUUGAGAAUUUUUUCAAGGAUUCCAAUAUUAAAUUUUAGUAAAGAAAUGAAAGUAUAUUAGAAGUAAAAAAACAAACAGGGGAUGGUUUACCAAUUUUUGCUGAAAAUUUUAUAUUUAAUGAUUCAAUAGGAUUUAAUUGCCUUACUUUAAAAGAUCCUGAACUCUUGACAAAAUUACCUUCUUUAAACUAAAUAAAUAAAAUAAAAAUAUUAAAAUUGGAUAUGGGCUUGCUAUAUAAUUCUGGUACUUAACUAAACGAAAAUGGAUUAACUUUGUUAGCUCAAAAAUUUAUAUAUAACGAAGAAAGUUGUUGUGAAGAUCUAUUAUUGUUUUAAUUACAUUUUAAAAUACCUGCUGUAAAAGCUUUAACUAAACCUGCUCAGAAAUUUCGAGAAGAUAUAGAAGCUUAAAAAAGACAAAGUAGUUGUUAAUUAAAAUUAAAAGUAAUUGUUUUCUAUUAUUCAUUAUAUCUUUAAGACGAAGGACAUGAAUUAUUGAUGAAAGAUUUAUUUUAUUUUGAAUAUAUAAACAUUGAAAGGUUAUAAAUGCAAGUAACGAAUUUUAAUAAUUAAAACUGUAAAUCCCUUUAUACUAAUGGUAAAAAUUGGAUGAAUUUUCAAAAGACUUACAAUAGGUAAUAUUAAACUAAAUAUCCUUUGAAAUAUCUAGAUAUAUCUCGUAAUGAAUUUAUUUCUGAAAAAUAAGUAUGGUCAGAUUUCUUGAAUUUUACUAUUUUUUCAGAUAUGAUGCCUUAUUUGGAAACAUUCAAUAUUAACUUUAUGGCAAUUAAUGAUAUAAUUACUGAAUACAUAGUAGAAAAUGCUUUAAAUUUCCUUAAUAGAAAACCAAAGAAUUAUAAACUUCCAGUUAAGAAUAUUAAUUUUUCAUAAAAUAAUUCAUUAACUAAAAUUGGAUGGAAGAAUAUUUUCGAUAACUUUUUUUUACAUCCUAAAGUAGAUUUAAUAGAGUUAAAUAUGAUAAGUACAAUGUUGGAUUCUUCGGAGAAACUUGAAGUUAUUUAUGAUAGUUUUAAAAAUAGAGCAAUUAACACUCAAAAUAAAAAGUUACCUAUGCAAAUGUUUUUAUGUUACAAUGUAACACUAAAAGAUAUGAUUCACCCAUUUUUAACUAAACCUCCUUCUGAUUAUAAACCUCCACCUCAUCAACCAGUGCUGAUAGAUUAUGAUAGCUGGAAAAAUGGAAUUCACGAUGGUAUACCUGAAGAAUUCGGAGAAAAAGUUCUAACUUAUUAAAGAAUAAUUUACUAGUAUCCCGAGUUUCAAGAGACAAAUAAAUGGAAAGAGUUUGAAGAGGUUAAGAUCUCCACAUUUCAUCUAGAUUUUUGUGAACAUUAUUUAAAAAAAAUGAAUAGCUACUUCAAAUAAAAUUAAAUAAAAAACCCACAAAUUUAUUUGAACCUUAAUACACUUAAAGUUUUUACAUCUAUUUUCAUGUACUCAAGAGAAAGACCUGGAAAGCCUUUUCCUUAUUAAUUAGUAUUUCAAAGUAGCACAUUUAGAUUUCUUAAAAGUAGGGAAAGUACAAUAUAUAAAAUAAAUCUCAUUUAGAGCGAAUUUUCAAAUUUAGAGAUAAUUAAUUAAUAAGAUGUAAUAAAUAUAUGGAAAUAAAUUAAAAGUUGGAGAUCUUCAAUAGAUUAAAUCUAAAUGGAAUAUUCAUUUAAUGAUGAUCUUUGUGAAUUAAUGCUUAGUUAAGGAUACACAGAAAGGGAUAUCAUUUAAUUAGUUAGAAUUAUACCACCGAAAUCUAUACGAAUUUAACAAGGUUUAAGUUUACCGGCUGUUAAAGGAUUAUAUUCUAUUCUUUAUGACUUACACUACUUCUAAUACUCUACAGUUAAUUAUGGAUUUGAUUCAUUUUUAAAUACUGGUAUUGGUUAUGCACUUCGAGAAACUGCUUAUAGCUAUUAAGAUAAAAAUAUUUUUUCAAGUUUUAUGAAAAGGGCAUUUUAUAAAUUUUUUAACUUUUUUGUUACAAAAUCACAAAAAUUUGAAUUUGAUACUGAAAUUCAAAAUUUAAAUACAUAUUUAUCUAAUAGAAAAAUGUUUUUCUAUUUGAUCGCAUUUAAUAAUUUAUUAUUUUGGGUAGUUACUUUGAUAUCACCAUACUUUUUUUCUCAUUACUAUAAUGGAGAUUCUACUAAAGAAGAUAAAGAAUAUUAUUGUAUAGCAGGAACUAGUAAUGAAGCUAAUUAUGUAUAUUAUGGAUUUGCUGGAUUUUCUGCAAUUAUUGAAGCCUUUCUAUUUUAUCAAUUCCAAUUAUAGAUUCCUAAUCAUAUUGAUAAAAUUGAUAUUAAAAUUGAAAAUGUUUAAGAAGAAGAAAAAGAAAAAGAAGUAGCUGUACCUAUUACUCUUAUUAAUUUAGGUUAAGAAAUUAAAAAAACUUAAAUUGCACCAUAAAUUUUUGAUAGAGCCAAAAAAACAUAUCUGGAUGUUUAAAAGGCAUUUAAGGUACACUAAAAAAAAAUUACCGAAUCAAAAAUUUCAUAAAUAGUUUUAGUUCUGAUCGGCUUAAUGCUUUCAUAACUUGCUAAAUUUGACCUCUUUAAUGAUGUUGUGUUUACCUUAACCUGUUAUUAUUGUGAUGAAACUAUACUUUUUAUUUUAGCUUUAUUGAUAAUAUGCAUAACCUAAGGAAUUUGCAUUCUUUAGUAUUUAUAUUUAGUCUAUAUACGAAUUACUUAAACAGAAACGACAGCUAAAAUACUAUCAACUAAAUUUAUAAAUGAUAUUUAUCUAAUUGCAUUUUUAGGCAGAAACCAAUCUCUUAGCGAUCAAUUAGAUAAAGUAGCCCCUUAUAAUGUUUAAAUAAUUCCUAAUAUAUGGUUUACUAGAACUUUUCUGCCAAAUCAAGCUGGUAGAAGUAUUAGUCACCCCGUUCAAUCCUAUUUGAUACAAUUUGUGCUAGAGGACUUCCCAUAAAUAAUUUUACAGGCAUUUUUCGUUCUCAAAUAAGCUAUAACAAAAGGAGAGUUAUCAUAAUAAGUUAUAUUAAUAAUAAUAAUAUCAAUCUAUAGUAUUAUUACAUCAUUUAAACAGUAAGAUUUAUUUUAACUAUUUUAGAUUUAUGUCAAUUAGACCUUCUACUUUGAAUUAGGAUGAUUUCGAUAGAUUAUCUAAUAUUAAAAAGAGUGAAUAUUUGGAUAUAAAAGAAUAAUAAUUAAAGGAGGAAUAAAAUUAAUUGAAAAUAUAUACAGAAAUGUUUGCAAAUCCUUCAAGAUUAGCCUCCCCUAUUUAGUAAAAGUUAGAUGAAGAACAUGAAUAAUUAUUGUGAGAGUUUAUUUAUAG